AUGAAUUCCGCUCUGCGUCGCGCGCGCCCCACCAUGACGGGCCUGACGCGCCAGCUACACGGCCUGGCGUCCUCGGCGCCUCCUGCUGCCGCCGCCGCCGCCUCCUCUUCGAUCCCGGGCCAGCGCCGCAAGAGCACAGCUGCCGAGAGCGCGGCUGCCAUUACGCAGGCCGAGGCCACGCGCGGCCCGCGCUGCAGCCCCGGCCUCGUGGUGUUCGACAAGGACGGCACGCUCAUCGACUUCACGCUCAUGUGGGGCGGCUGGGUCGAGUCGCAAGCCUGGAAGGUCGAGAUGACCACGGGGCUGCCCGUGCGCGAGAAGCUCUUCGCCGCCAUGGGCUACGAUUGGAUCAGCCGCUCCAUCAAGUCCAAGGGCGCGCUGUGCUGCACGCCCAUGGGCGAACUCUACAAGCUCGCGGUGCGCGUGCUGGUGGCCGAGGGCAUGCGCCAGUCCAAGGCCGACGAGGUCAUCAAGCAGUGCUGGAGCAUGCCCGACCCCGUGCUCACGAGCCGGCCACUCGCCAACAUCCCGGCGCUCUUCCGCACCAUCAAGAAAAUGGACAUGAAGAUCGCCGUGUGCACCACGGACGACCGCCAGCCCACGAUCGACACGCUCGAGCACUUGGGCGUCACCGACAUGGUGGACGCGCUCGCCUGCGGCGACGACGGCCUGCCCGCCAAGCCCGCGGGCGAGCAGAUCUGGACCAUCUGCCAGCAGCUCGGGGUCGCGCCGCACGAUACCAUCAUGGUCGGAGACACCUCCACUGACAUGCUGCUCGGCAAGAACGCCGGCUGCGGACUGUCCAUCGGCGUGCUGGGCGGCGCGUCGUCGCUCGACGACUUGGCAGAAGACGCCGACUUGCUCGUACCCUCUAUCGACCGCAUCAUCAAGGUGCUGUUCCAGUACGGCCAGCAGGCCAAGCGCUUUGGCGAUGCCAAGUGA